CUCUGUACAGUAUGUGACGUCACACUUCUUCUUUCCCCAGAAAUGUUUCUCUGUCUUGUGUCAGUGCCUGACAGAGUGGAGACACAGCAGCAGGCUGGCUAUGGAGCUGCUUCCUGUCCUUUUGAUGGGUUUGCUGGUGUUGCUGUCCUCACAAACUGAGUCAGAGGCCAAUGAUGCAGAUGUCUGUGGGGAAGCUACUCCUGGUGUUCUGUUAUCACAGGAUUCUUCAGUUAACGGGCUCAUGGUGGAGAAAGCUGCAGUGAACAACGAUGAAAGCUUCCGCUGCCUCCUUUACUCAACAAAACAACUCAACUGUUCCUGGUCUUUUCUCACGCUACAUCAGGACGCUCAUCUCUCGGUCAUUAUCAGCAUUUGCUCUGAGGGAACAACAAUUCACUCUCUGAAUCAGUCGUCUGUGGAGAGGGUCGGAUCAAUGUCUCUGACUCUGUCUGAGCAUGACACAAUAGAAGUCAUCCUCCAGUUUAACAUAACCCUGCAUGACAACUGGACAGUCUACUUGUACGCAUAUGAAGUGCAAGAUAUAGAGGUCCUGCCUCCACCACGAGAUGUCACUGCAUCGAUCAAAGGUGGAGGCGUGUUGGUGACAUGGAGUAAGCCAACAAAUAUGGAGGACUCUGGGCCCUGGUGCUUUGAAUACCAGCUGGACAUGGGCAACCAGGGAAGACUCAUACACGUAAUAACCCAGCUGAAUUAUACAGAGCCCAAUGCAGAUCCCAGCCACACCUACAGAGUGAGGAUGAGGACAAAGAUAACAGACACAUGCAUUGAAAAGUCUCACUGGAGUGACUGGAGUCAUACUGCCACUGUGGAACGAACAGAUAAACUCAGCCUUCUCCUCAUCAUCUCUAUUUCACUUGGACUACCCAUGAUCCUCCUUGCAGUGCUGCUGUUGGUGCGCCAUCAAAGAGUGUAUGAGGUCCUGUUUCCUCCGAUUCCUCGCCCCCCGCAAAAGUACAAAGGUUUCCUGGAGAAAAACGAGACAUUGAAUUUCUUCUACCCUGCCACGUCAGCUGAGCCGGUGGAGGAGAUCACAGAGGUGGAGGACACAGGGAGGACACUUUGAAAAGUACAUGAGAGGGACUUUUUCGUUGAAAGAACAAACAAACAAACAGACAAACAAACAAACAAACAAACAAAUACCUAAGAUAACAUCCAUUUGCCUGCAGAGUGAGGCCUACUUUAAUUUAACAUCCCCGUAUGAAAAUGUGUUGUAAGUGUUGAAUACAUUUAGAAUGUGUGUGUGUGUAAAUGUGUUUAUUUUGUUGUUAUUUUGUAUUUAAGGUCACACAUUGCAUUUAUCAUAAUAUGAACAUGUUAAAGGAAAGAAAAUAUAACAGCAAAGUCUGCUCAGUAUAUCUCUGCCUAUAUGCAGCUUACAGAACUUUUAGUAAUUCAGUCCAAACAGAUGUUCAUCAGUGAGUCUUGAUGAAAUACAAGUUCUCUGCUUGAGCUAGAGGGUCAGUCUGUUUCUAAAAAUAGAUCCAAAGCGUUUAAUAUGGAACACCUGUUUAAUAUGAAAUAAAGCUGAGUAACACUGUG